CAAACCGAAGCUACUUACAACUUACUGAAUGCAACUAUUMGUUACUUUCAGAAUAGAGACAGACAAUGGAGGAGAAUCAAUCUCAGGCGGAGAUGGCCACCAGGGAGAGCAGCAAAAAGAAAGCACGUCUUGGAAGCACGGGCGGAGAAGAAUCAUCGUCAUCGAAUCCGACUCCUUUGUCUGAUAGUYCUUGCGCCAUGGAGAGCCGAUUCGCCGCAAUUCGACGAUGGAUCGCAAAGCCCAUCGAUUCCUUUCGGGGUGAAGAUGGGGUCUUCCGCGACCCGUACCCCGCAUCGGUGAUMGUCGAGACAAACGAACCAAAAUUGAUGAUGAGUGGUACAAAAAGCAAGAAUACCAUCGAAGACAACGAGAACCACAAGCAUCUGGUUGCGAUGGAAGACACGGGGGUCCUGAUCGGGAACAAAUACCACGCAAGCGACGUCGAUCAUCUCGUCGAAAUAGGUGUUACGGCGGUAUUGAAUUGUGCUUCCGGUGGAAUYAGCCGGUUGCCCGUGGRCGAGCUCCGGGAAAGGGGCAUWCGAUACGCAUUCACGAACGUCCAGCAGGACGAUCUCAAGUAUCCUAUCCUGCACGGGUUGCUCCCGACAAAUGCAAAGGGCGACACGAACUCUGAGAACAACUUUUCAAUCCUUUGUGCGAGCCAGCACCUAAAAGUUGCGAAGUCUAUGUACAUCGAAGAAGUCCUUUGGAAGAAGGGGAAACUCUUGUUCUUUUGUGUUGCCGGGCAGAACCGCUCCGCCACGCUGGCAUUAGCCACAUUGCUCUUGCGAGGAAAGAAACACUAUACCCUCGAUUCGAUGUGCCGAUCCUUGUCCGAGACCCGGCCCUUUGUUCUCGAAAACGAGGGAUUUCAGCAGCAGCUGCUUGAACUGGAACGGUUUUUGGGACACAGCGGCAAAAAGAAAAGAUGUUACCGACGGACGCAAAAUACAAUGGACGAAAGCGAUCCCUCCAUGACCAUGUUUGCCUACGGGGAUUACACCCCAGAGGAGCGGAUUGGACCCUCAUUGAGUUACGAUACAGUCGACAGCCUCUUGGAAGYCAGUGGUGUAACAGGGGGURAUCUGGAGCAUUCCMGAACGAAUUCUAUWACCUCUACAUCCAACCGACCCCCCGGCGACGGCAGCGACGGACGACAACGCGUGGAGAUAGAGCUGCUCAUCCCGGGUUUGUGUACYAUGGAAGUAUUUAUCCCCGUCCCAUCCUCCAUUAGCGAAAUCAAAGCGUGCCUAGUUGAUCAUGUCAAUAAGUAUUUGCUGAGAAGCGAGCACCGGAGGGUCUCCAAGUCGUGGGUAGUCCUUGCAAGCUUUGGAAAAGACGACAUGUACGAUCUGCCGCUCGAGAACGAGGCCAUCGAGCGAUCCGUCCAGUGGGACCGUCUCUCUGAGAUGUUUCACCUGAAAAUCGAGGAAGACGAAAAGAACAAUAAGAAACUCGUGCACUGGACUUCCAGUUGUCGAUUCGCGCUAGUCAUAUUUUCCGUCUUUUGCGACGGCGARGGCAACGAUGGUGAUGUUGGCAACAAAGAUGUCGACAAAAAARCACCAUUGGGGUUGACUAUCGAUGACCCAAACCAGAUACAGGUGCCUUGGACGUUUGUGCACCGAGAGCGACCAGGGGCUCCCUCCACACUACUCAGCAACACUUUGUCAAGUACCCAUCUAAGGGCAUGGGAUUUCUGUGACGGGCAGGCUUUUCGUUCGAAAGAACCAAUCGUCUUUUCGUUUUCAGACGAUCCCAGGGACAGACGUCAAUUCAUGAAGAUAUCUACCAGCGCCCAGGAAGCCCAACAGUUUUAUGCCCCCGGAGAGGGUGGUAUCCUGGGAAUGGGGGCCAAUGCCAUCGUUCACAGGGUAGAAUUGAAAUCGACCUCGCCGAAAUCCUUUGKAGACGAAACCAUCGACGGAGCAUCCAAUCCUAUCAGCGAUGCCGGAAACGAAGAAUGGGAUGCAGCUGUAAAACGUCCGUUUUCCCUGAGCAAGAUGCUUGCAUCCCUCGAAGCGGGGAGCGAGGCCGCUCUAGGGAAACGAUUGCGGCAGCUCUCCAAUCGAUCCCUGUUGAAUUCGGACGGACGGGUUCUCUAUUUUUAUGGCCUGGGAGUCGCCCUGUCUUCGAACGCCUAUCGGCCGACCGAAUACAAAUUCGAGGCCRCGAUACUCGCCCGGUACGAAGAAGAAUUCUCUUCCUACACUAUGAAACGGUUCAUGGAAGAUUACACGUCAARAGAAACCCCGGCCCCCCGAAAUGGAGAGGUAGGAGACGACAAUUGGAGGAAGAAUUUCUCGCUCAUCAGCGUGAAGGUAUUGCUCGUGAGCUUGCUAAAUGCUUUCCGCGAUCUCACGCUAAUGGGAGUCCACGCAUUUGAUUUCAAUCACCUAGGCAACGUGCUGAUCAGCCGAGACCACCAGAGUGUCAAACUACUUGAUAUCGACGGGGACCGAAAGGGAAGUAUCCCACUGUCCGAGUACAUCAACGAAUCCGUYGUCUCGCCCGGGUUGGAACAGCCGUCGUCGCCAAGAUCUCCAAAAAUGGUGCGGCAAGCGAGCAGAAUUCUGCACAAGCCUUGCCUGGACGUCGACCUUAACGCGGUGCUGCCCACGGUGGUCCAGGAGCUCUUGCUAGGAAAGGGCAGGGGUAGAUCCUUCGUGGUGAACACGAAAUCGGAAAUCUGGAGACUGCCACCACAAAAGGCAAGGGCCCUAGUGGAGGAAACUAUUUCACAGAAUUUCGGUCCCCUAACGGAACGACACAUGGCUAAGGUGGUCGAGUGGUUCUAUGUUWUGCUAAAAAAACAGCCCCCSUGGGGAAACUGGACGCAUGAUAUAUACGAUGCCAUGCGGUGCAUCGAUCAUCUUCCGGUCCGGUAAUAGCGAACGAGUUAAUGAUGAAUUUGAUUCUUYUUAYAGCACUCGAUUUCAAAACAAUGCG